CAAGACACCAACCACAGAAAAAUUGGAAAAUCUGACUCAAAGAUGAAGCUGGUGAUCCUAUUAUCCUUCUUGCUCGUUCUCCCAAUGUUUUCUUCAGGAAUUGAGACUUCGCAUCUUGACAACGUCCACCACAAGAUUAAAGAGAAGGUGGUGAUGGAUGCAAGAAGAAUUGAUCUAGAGACUGACUACACGGGUCCGCAUUUGAGACCACCUGUUCCAUCACGCCCUCCAAAAGCACUACUACAUGUCGGUAACGUCCACCACAAGGUUAAAGAGGAGGUAGCGAUGAAUGGAAGAAGAAUCGAUUUUGAAAUGGACUACACCGGCCCCCAUCCAAGGCCGCCCGGCCCUCCAAACGCACCAGGACAUGCCUAAAACAAGAAAAAGUAGAUGCCCGUCUAUUACACAAAUGAAAAUAUCACGAACCAUUUUAUUUAAAAAC